UUCCUCAGCCAAAAGCUGCUCAGCAGGAGCUGAGCAUAAUUCUAGAUCGCUGCUACUUUACACACAGCACAAGAACGUUUUCUGUCCAGAGUAAGCCCAGGUUUUUAAAAUAUUCACUGCGAUGCCAGAGUCCUUUAACUAAGCCCUGACUUCCUUCACCUCCUUAAUAAUUCAUCAGGCAUAUUUAUCUUCAGGGGAAUCCAAUGGGGUUGCUCUCACAUUUUUGCAGAACAGCCUUGAAAUUUUCCGAGGAUGUCUGGAUGUCUCACUGCUAAGGACUAGCCGCAGGUCCCCACAGCCCACCCUGACCCCUGUGGAGGCACACGGGGGGGCCCAGAUGACUCUUCAGGCCUCAGCAGACCGUCCUGGCCUGGGAACCGAUGUGUUUGUCCCACAGAGCCUACAAGGGGCCAAAGAAGACGGCAGGUCAGAAAGAAGUGCCAGUGACUCGGAGUGGGCACAGGCCCUAGGAAUUCCCGACCUCCUGCCUCCACUUCCCACAGCCCUGGGGGGCUCUCAGGCGGAGCUGUCUCCAUGCCACCUGCUGACGGUGAGGGUCAUCCGGAUGAAGAACGUCCGGCAGGCUGAUGUGGUGAGCCACCCCGAUUGCUUUGUGAGCCUCUGGCUGCCCACCGCCUCUCAUGAGAGGCUGAGGACUAGGACUGUUUCCAACUGCCCAAACCCAGAGUGGAAUGAGACCUUCGCCUUCCAGAUCCAGAGCAAAGUGAAGAACGUGCUGGAGCUGAGUGUCUGUGAUGAAGACAUAGUGACACCAGAUGACCAUCUCUUGACAGUUCUCUAUGACCUCACCAAGCUCUGCUUCCGAAAGAAAACCCACGUGAAGUUCCCACUCAACCCAGAAGGCACAGAAGAGCUGGAGGUAGAGUUCCUGCUGGAGGGGAGCUCCUCCCCACCUGAGGCCCUCAUCACUAAUGGCGUGCUGGUGGCUCGACAAGUUUCCUGCUUGGAGGUUCAUGCAGAAUCCAGGAAGCGGCAGAAGAGCAGGAAAAUGAAUGACCUCCUGGUGGCAGUGAGUGAGUCCUAUGAGCACACACAGCAUAUCUCAUGCUGCCUGGAGCCCUGCUGCCCGAACCCUGCCUGCUUCCACUACCCCAAGUACUUCCAGCCCAAGAUGCAGGUGGAGGUGCCCAAGAGCCAGUGGAGCUGUGGGCUUUGCUGUUGCUGUGCACACAAGAAGAAGGGCCCUGUCUGCCAGCCCCUCGAUUGUCUCCCUGAUAGCCAGGCAGUGAGGCUGCCUGUGGACGAGAGCUGUGAAUUACACAUGAAGUCUACACCCUGCCCCCAGACACUGGACGUGCGGCUGGGCUUCAGCCUGUGCCCAGCAGAGCUGGAGUUCCUGCAGAAGCGGAAGGUGGUGGCAGCCAAGGGGCUGAAGCAGGUGUUACAGCUGGAGGAGGAUCUGCAGAUGGACGAGGUACCGCUGAUAGCCAUCAUGGCCACUGGGGGUGGAGCAAGAUCCAUGACUGCCAUGUAUGGCCACCUGCUGGGGCUACAGAAACUGAACAUCCUGAACUGUGCCAGCUACAUCACCGGCCUGUCAGGGGCCACCUGGACCAUGGCCAACUUGUACCGUGACCCCAACUGGUCCUCCAAAGACCUGGAGCCUACUGUAUUUGAAGCACGGAGGCACGUGGUCAAGGACAAGAUGCCUGCCCUGUUCCCAGACCAGCUCUUCAAAUUCCAGGAGGAGCUUCGGCAACGCAGUCAGGAAGGCUACAAAGUCACCUUUACAGAUUUCUGGGGCCUGCUGAUUGAGGCCUGUUUAGGGGAUGAGAAAAAUGAAUGCAAGCUAUCAGAUCAGCGUGCUGCUUUGUGCCAUGGCCAGAACCCCCUGCCCAUCUACCUCACGAUCAAUGUCAAGGAUGAUGUAAGCAACCAGGAUUUCAGAGAGUGGUGCGAGUUCUCCCCCUACGAGGUGGGCAUGCAGAAGUACGGGGCCUUCAUCCCCUCUGAGCUCUUUGGCUCCGAGUUCUUCAUGGGGCGGCUGAUGAGAAGGAUCCCGGAGUCCCAGAUGUGCUACAUGCUAGGUUUGUGGAGCAGCAUCUUCUCCCUGAACCUGCUCGAUGCCUGGAACCUGUCCCACACCUCAGAGGAGUUUUUCCACAGAUGGACGAGGGAGAGAGUGCAGGACAUCGAAGACGAGCCACUCCUGCCUGAAGUCCCCAAAUGUGAUGCCAACAUCCUGGACACCACGGUGGUGAUCCCAGGGUCGUGGCUGUCCAAUACUUUCCGCAACAUCCUCACCAAUCGGGCCUUUGUGUCUCAGUUCCACAACUUCCUGCAGGGGCUGCAGCUGCACACGGACUACGUCCAGAACAGCCAUUUCUCCAUGUGGAAAGACACGGUGCUAGAUGGUUUCCCAAACCAGCUGACACAGUCCAUGAACCACUUGUGCCUGUUGGACACCGCGUUCUUCAUCAACUCCAGCUACCCGCCCCUCCUCAGGCCUGAGAGAAAAGUUGACCUCAUCAUUCACCUCAAUUACUGUGCCGGGUCCCAGGCAAAGCCCAUGAAACAAACCUGUGAGUACUGCUCCGUGCAGAACAUCCCCUUCCCCAACUAUGAGCUGCAAGAGGAGGAGGAAAAUCUCAAGGAGUGUUACCUGAUGGAGAACUCCCAGGAGCCUGAUGCGCCCACGGUGAUUUUCUUCCCACUCGUCAAUGACACCUUCCAAAAGUACAAGGCCCCAGGUGUGGAGAGGAGCCCCGAGGAGCUGGAGCAGGGCCAGAUUGACAUUUAUGGCCCCAAAACUGCCUACGCCACCAAGGAGCUGACUUACACAGAGGCCGCCUUCAACAAGCUGGUGAAGCUCUCUGAGUACAACAUCCUAAAUAACAAGGACAAGCUCCUUCAGGCUUUGCGACUGGCAGUGGAGAAGAAGAAACGCCUGAAGACCCAGGGUCCCUCCUAAGUCCCAGGGCUCCUGUGUCUGCUUCUGCUGUCAGAAGUGUGGAACCCAUCAGGGCUGACCAGCCCUCAUGGUCAGCUCUGCGUUCUGGCAAGGGGUGCAGGCAGACUGGCCUGGGCUUUUAAUCAGAAAAUUAAAUCAAAAUGGUUGAGAGAGACAGAGACACAGGAAAAUAACAAGGGGAUGCAUUAGGGUUUUUGUACCCACUGGAAUUUUUUUAAACCUUUCUCUGAAGACAAGGUGAUCCAAUAGCCACAGGCUCCCACACAUGCCCCAAGUGUGAAGAAUAAAAGCAUGGCCUGGCUCCCCAGAAACCUGGGACUCAGAGUGAGAGUGCCAAGCCCAUCCCUCUCUGCUUCCCUGCCUCCUUGCAUGGAGGGUCUUGGUGAAUGCACAGGAAGACUCAGAAGCACUCUGGGUUCUCCGAGAAAAUGUUUUUUUGUAAUUUGAGGCAAUUAUAUUCUUGUGAUUUUUAUAGGAAAUUUCACUUUGUGGGUUUUACUUUUAUGAAUCAGGAUUAAUAGGAAGCGUGAUGGUAGAAGAUCUAGAAAAAGCACUAUAGACACGUAGUCUCUUCAACAACAAAGAGCCUUGUGGACCUUGAGCAGCCCUUCUCCAGCCUCUCAGAGCCCCAGGACUGGUGGCCCCAUCCAAGCACCCAGCUCCAGUGAAAUGCCAGGCAAAACCCAAAUCUGCAGCUCAGAUGCACCAAACAAAGAUCUGGAUGCAGCGGGAGGGUGUCUGGACAGAUAAAUGGAGUCACCCACCAAGUGGGUAAUGAUGCUCAUGCCACCUACUCCCAAAGGCCGAAGCUCUCUGACCAGCUUGCUCCAGGAGCACUUCUCAACUUCCUUACCACCUCCUUUCCAAUUUCCAGAUGGGAUUAUUCAUUUCUCAAUGAGAUUCCUCUGAUUUGUCAUGUAAAUACCAUGGCCAACACAUCCUGACUCUUGCAGAGUCACCCCAAGGGAAUGAAACUAAGAAGGGCUGACCCAGAAAAGACUAGAUUAGCCUGAGGAAGAAGCCCAUCCUUGGGAUGGUUUCCAGAUGAAUCUCUGGGAAAGCCCUGGGACCCAGAGAAGCACACAGUAUCCAGGUCUCCCAGCAGGCUGGGAGCGUAACUAAAGAAAUGUGUACUCUGAGCCAAUGACAUGCCCAGGCCAAUGAGUGGUGUGACCAAAAAGGCAAGUGGUAGACGUGAAGCCCAGCAAACCUAGAAGACAUGGCCAUCUUUCUGGGCUUCCAUGUUCCCUAAGCAGUCUUUUGAUUGUUAGGAGACAAGUGGUGACAUAUACCAAGGGUUUAGAAAAAUUGGCCUCCAAUUUACAUCCUUGCUGCUCAAAGUGUGGUAGGGAACUGGUUAGAAAUACAGAAUCUCAGUCUCCACCACAGCCAUACUGAAUCAGAAUUUGCAUUUUAAGGAGAUUCCCAUUUCCUCUCUACUCCUCCCUACCCAGGGGAUGCCCAUACAUAUUGAAGCUUGAGAGGUGUGGAUUUAUGCCAUCCUUUCCCAUAAGCCUGGAAAGCAUGAAUCAAUCAACUCUCCCAAACCACCAAAAAACUGGUUCCCACCCAGAUAAUGCUAACCUGGGACAUGACCCCUCCCCUGCUCCAGAGCAGCCAGUGGGACAAUGGACAAAAGAUGUUCACUUUGACAUCUUUUAUUUCCUUCUGCUACAAAAGGCUCUCCUUAGAUUAUCAGAGUGAGCCAUACAGCAAGACCUGUAUUAUAAGAUGAAGGCAGCCCUUCCUUGGAUUCAUCAAAGUCUGAAAAAUGAGGGUUAUAUAAUCAUUGUAUUAUUUGAGCAUGGAAUAAAGUGGCCAUGUGGGUAAA